GCUGAACACUUGACAUAUAGGGGAGGAAACUUGGUGGCUCUACUCGCCCAACUGAUCAAAGUAGGAAGAUUAUCUGAACAGUGCAAGCAAUAAUUAUGACACGCCGACCAAAAAUAUCUUCGAUACACUAUCAGUGGACUUAUGAUGUCUUCCUCAACUUUAGAGGUGAAAAUACUCGUCAUGGUUUUAUAGGAACUUUGAAUAAAGAGCUCAAUCAAAAGGGAGUUCGCACCUUCUUUGAUGAUCAGGAAAUAGGAAUAGGGGAAGAAAUUACACCGACGCUUCUCAGAGCAAUCCAAGAAUCUAGGAUGGCUAUUACUGUUUUUUCUGAGGAGUAUGCUUCCUCAACAUUUUGUCUAAAGGAAUUAGUCCAAAUCCAUCAAUGUAUUAAGGAAAAUGGUCGACUAGUUUGGCCAGUUUUUUAUGAUGUGGAGCCUUCUGUAGUAAGACAUCAAAGAGGAAAAUAUGGAGAAGCACUAGUUACACAUCAACAAAACUCAAAGGCUGAUGAAGAAGAGGUUGAAAGUUGGAAGCGUGCACUACGUGAAGUAGCUAAUCUUAAAGGCUCAUCAUAUGAUCCAAGGAAAGAUUAUGAGCAUAAACUCAUUGAAGAGAUUGUGAACCACAUCUUUGAGAUAAUCAGAAGGGACCCUCUUGAUGUUGCCGAAUAUCUAGUUGGUUUAAAUUCUCGUAUGCAAAAAAUAAAUGAUCUACUGCAAAUUGGGUUAAAUGAUGAGGUCAUCAUGAUAGGAGUUUAUGGAAAUGGGGGAACGGGUAAAACAACAAUCACACGUGCUGUGUAUAAUGCAAUUGCUGAUAAUUUUGAUCACUUGUGCUUUCUUGGAGAUAUCAAAGGGGGAUCUGGAAAACAUGGCCUAGAACAACAGCAAGCCAGAAUGCUUUCAAAAAUUUUAGGGCGGAAGAUAGAAAUUGAAGACAUUGAUGAAGGAGUUGAACUCAUAAAACGAGCACUCAGAGAUAAGAAAAUUCUGUUGAUUCUUGAUAAUGUAGAUGAACGAAUACAGUUACGAAAGUUAGCUGGGGCAUGUGAAUGGUUUGGUCGGGGGAGCAGGAUCAUUAUAACAACAAGAGAUUUACAUUUACUUAAGAGUCAUGGGAUUGAAAGAAGAUAUGAAAUGGAGGGAUUAAAUCAUGAAGAGUCUCUUGAAUUGUUAAGUUGGAAUGCCUUUGGGAAGAUGCAAGUUGAUGAUCCAAGGUACACAGAAGUUGUGAAUGAGGUGAUAAGUUAUGCCAGUGGUCUUCCCUUGGCCCUUGAAAUAUUGGGCUCUGAUUUGUAUGGUAAGAAUGUAAGUGAGUGGAAAUCUAUGUUGGAUGGAUGUAAAAGCAUCCCUCAUGGUAAGAUUCAACAAAUAUUAGAAGUAAGCUAUAAAAGCUUACAACAACUUGAAAAAGAAGCUUUUCUUGAUAUUGCUUGCUUCUACAAAGGUCGUGAAUUGGAAUAUGUCAAAAAGAUGGUGGCAAUUGCUCAUGAUUUUGACCCAGAUUAUCAUAUUGGAGUGUUGGAAGACAAAUGCCUUAUAAAGAUUUAUGGGGCCUGUAUUGGAAUGCACGAUCUAGUACAAGAUAUGGGGAGAGACAUCGUUCGUCUACAAUCACCAAAAGAUCCAGGAAAACGCAGUAGGCUAUGGUCAAAUAAAGAUAUCUUGCGUGUUUUGGAGAGAAAUGAGGGCACAGAUGAAGUUAUUAUCAUAAUUCAACUUGAAAGGUCCGAAUGCAUAGAAGUAAAAUGGAAUGGAAGAGCCUUCAAGAGUAUGAACAAUCUCAAAAUUCUUAUUCUUGACGAUACAAAAUUUUCACAAGGUCCCAAAUAUCUUCCCAAUAGUUUAGCAGUAUUGAGAUGGCCAGGAUACCCUUCAUCAAGUUUGCCACGUGGUUUUCGUGCAAAGGAUCUUGUUGAAUUCAAUGUGAGAGAUAGUUGUUUCAAUUCAACGGAAAUCAGUAAGAUAACGCAGAAUAUGAAAAUGAGUGUUUUGAACUUUGAAGGGUGCGAGUAUAUCAUUCACAUACCUGAUUUAUCAGGCCUCUCAAGUUUAAAGGAGUUACGGCUUCGUAAUUGCAAAAAUCUGAUUGAAAUUGAUAAUUCGGUUGGGCAAUUAGCAAAACUUGGAACUUUGGAUGUACGUAACUGUGCGCAGCUUACGACUUUUCCAAGUGCAUUGAAUACACCCUCUCUUUAUUAUCUGAAUAUGAAGAUGUGCUCAAGUUUGAAUUGCUUUCCAGAAAUAGCAACUCGUGAAAUGAAAAUAGAAGUGUUGAAUUUGGUUGGAACUGGUAUAAAUCAAUUGCCUCCAUCAGUUGAAAAUCUUACUCAACUUGUAGAGAUAACACAUGUUAGAGAUGACACUACGGGCAAGGGAAUUAGGUCAAUGAAGCUACCAAGUAGCACUUUUUUGUUGCCAGAACUUGAGAAGAUAGAUGUUGAAGGAUGCGAAGAGUUGCUUAUGGAAGUGGAGUCAAUGAUAUGUCCAAACAUAGGACAUCUUGAACUACAAAGAUGUAAUAUAUCCAAUGAGAGCCUUCAAAUUUAUCUUACUUCAUUCCCCAAUCUUUGGUUUUUGGACUUGAGCGGCAAUGAUUUCACAAUUUUGCCCGCAUGCAUAGAACAUUGUCAAAAUUUGGGAAUAAUUAAGCUCCGUCAAUGCAAGCAUCUAAUAGAAGUGGAAAAGGUUCCGCCUAGCAUAACAUAUUUGAUGGCAGAAGAUUGUGUAUCAAUGAGUUCAGAGUCCAAAAAGUUAUUAUUGAGUAAGGAGUUACUUGCAUCUGUAGUGCCCAUCAACAUUAAAGUUGAAGGUUUGUAUGGCUACCCUUCUGCAGACUAUUUUUGUGUGCCAGGGGGAAGCAUCCCGGAAUGGUUCGAUCACUGUAACAAAGGACGGUCCAUUUCUUUUUGGUUUCGUGACCACCAACUCCCAUCUCUCUGUGUUUGUGCUAUUGCUCAACAAAUGGAGUAUCAUGAAUCGAUCCUAACAAAAGUGUUCAUAAAUGAUGAAAUGGCGUAUGGAUAUCACCUGCCGCUACCGACUGCGGGAUAUGAUGUGGAUCAUAUAAUUAUGCAUUAUAUAUGGAAUGUCGAUGUGGAUAAAGAAAUUAAAGAAAAUCAAUGGAAUCAUGUAAAGAUUUGUCCGCUUUCAGGGCUUGGAGAUGCCGUAAAAGAGAGCGGAAUUUAUGUUCUUAGAGAUGAAUGGACCAAUAUGAAAAAUGUUCGAUUCUCCGAUCCUUUCCAAAGUCUGGAUUUUUCAAGGAGUGGCCGAGGAUGUGCUACAGAAGGUGACAUUGCUGCAAAUAACUCCUUCUUCCCUUCCCAAAGUGAGCAGCAACAUACACACUCACAUACUGUUAGGGACAUUGACUCGUUAAGAAUACUAUCUGUACAGUGUAGGAGAAUUAUAUUUCCCAUCACAAUUCAUAAGUAUAGUGGGAUGAUGGGUUCUCAAUUAGGAUAUGAUUUCUAUAUUACUAAGCAAGAUUAUUUAUAUAUUACUGAGCAAGAUGUCAUGAAAUUCCUAAGCAUGCAAGAGCUGUCCAUAACCAUUAUCCAACUCUUUGUGAGGUUUUGCUGCGAACUUUGCUUCUUUAGAGGAAUUGUGGAUAGAUUUGGAUUUUUGUGUCCAAAUGCUAUUCAAGGUGUAGGGCAUACACGAGAAGACAAGAUAUCUUACAUAGGAAGUACUAUCAAGGAAGGCAAUAAUCAAUGUUGGCUUGCACCAAUUCGUGAAGGGAACCAUUGGACAUUAUGUGCUGUUUGCCCAGGCUCGAAUAUCAUUCAUUGGUUUGAUUCACUCGGAGGCAAACAAAGCGAUGAUAUUGAGAAAGUAUUCACCGAAGCCCUUGUGACGUACCAAAUCACUGGAGGAGAGAACAUAAAAUGGCUAUACCCAAAGUAUCGUCGUCAACUUGAAGAUAAAGAAGGUGGAUAUUACAUCAUGAGAUAUAUGUAUGACAUCAUCGAUCUUAACGAAGUUGACUCAUUAGACAUGGUGGUCAGCCUAUUUUUUGGCGUCUCCGUGGCCGCGGCGGUGGCCGCAGCGGUGGCGGUGGCCGUGGUGGCAGUAGUGGCGGUGACAGAUGUUAAAUAA